AUGGAGACCCAGUCCCACAGCUCCGUGACUCCUGAGAAGAAGAAAGCGGAGAAUUCUAUCGUGAAAUGCUCCACCCGGACAGAUGUCAGCGAGAAAGCCGUGGCCUCCAGUACCACUUCCAAUGAGGAUGAAAAUCCUGGACAGAUCUAUCAUCAUCACCACCAUCACCAUCAUCAUCAUCGAGAGAGAAGAAACGCAAUCACAAUGCAGCCUCAAAGUGAGCAGGGGCUCGGCAAACUCAGUGAGGAGCCAUCGACAUCCAGCGAUGAGAGAGCUUCGUUGAUCAAGAAGGAGAUCCAUGGGUCUCUGCCACACCUGGCUGAGCCCUCUGUCCCUUACCGUGGGACUGUGUUUGCCAUGGACCCCAGGAAUGGCUAUGUGGAACCUCACUACCACCCUCCUCAUCUUUUCCCUGCCUUCCAUCCUCCUGUUCCCAUUGAUGCCAGACAUCAUGAGGGCCGGUACCACUACGAUCCAUCUCCUAUUCCUCCAUUGCAUGUGCCUUCUGCCUUAUCGAGUAGCCCCACGUACUCGGACCUGCCCUUCAUUAGGAUCUCCCCGCACCGGAACCCUGCUGCUGCUUCAGAGUCUCCCUUCAGCCCCCCUCACCCCUACAUCAACCCAUACAUGGACUACAUCCGCUCCCUGCACAGCAGCCCGACCCUGUCUAUGAUCUCUGCUGCUCGAGGGCUGAGCCCUACCGAUGCCCCGCAUGCUGGAGUGAGUCCUGCAGAAUACUAUCACCAGAUGGCCCUGCUGACCGGCCAGCGCAGUCCCUAUGCAGACAUCCUCCCUUCGGCCGCUACUGCUGGGGCGGGUACUAUCCACAUGGAGUACCUUCAUGCCUUAGAUGGUGCCAGGUUCCCCAGCCCCAGGCUGUCAGCCAGGCCAAGUCGGAAACGCACGCUGUCCAUAUCACCACUGUCUGAUCAUAGUUUUGACCUUCAGACCAUGAUAAGGACGUCUCCCAACUCCUUGGUCACAAUUCUAAAUAAUUCCCGAAGCAGCUCUUCAGCAAGCGGCUCCUACGGUCACUUAUCUGCAAGUGCAAUCAGCCCUGCCUUGAGCUUCACCUAUCCAUCUGCACCUGUCUCUCUUCACAUGCAUCAGCAGAUUCUAAGCCGACAGCAGAGCCUGGGCUCUGCCUUUGGCCAUAGCCCUCCACUCAUCCACCCUGCCCCUACGUUCCCCACACAGCGGCCUGUUCCAGGAAUCCCUACAGUCCUGAACCCAGUCCAGGUUAGCUCCGGCCCUUCUGAGUCCUCACAGAACAAGCCCACAAGUGAGUCUGCGGUGAGCAGCACUGGUGACCCCCUGCAUAAUAAACGCUCCAAGAUCAAGCCAGAUGAAGACCUCCCCAGUCCAGGAGGACGCGGGCAGCAGGAGCAACCAGAAGGAACAACUCUUGUCAAGGAGGAAGGGGACAGAGAUGAGAGCAAGCAGGAGCCUGAAGUCAUCUACGAGACGAACUGCCACUGGGAGGGCUGCGCCCGGGAGUUCGACACCCAGGACCAGCUGGUGCACCAUAUCAAUAAUGACCACAUUCAUGGGGAGAAGAAGGAGUUUGUAUGUCGCUGGCUUGAUUGCUCCAGGGAGCAGAAGCCCUUCAAAGCCCAGUACAUGUUGGUCGUACAUAUGAGAAGACACACGGGAGAGAAGCCUCACAAAUGCACUUUUGAAGGUUGCACAAAGGCCUACUCGAGACUAGAAAACUUGAAAACACACUUGAGAUCUCACACUGGAGAGAAACCGUAUGUCUGCGAACACGAAGGCUGCAAUAAAGCUUUCUCCAAUGCCUCUGACCGAGCCAAGCACCAGAACAGAACACAUUCCAAUGAGAAACCGUACGUGUGCAAAAUCCCAGGAUGUACGAAGCGCUACACAGACCCCAGCUCCCUCCGCAAACAUGUGAAGACGGUGCAUGGCCCUGAGGCUCAUGUCACCAAGAAGCAGCGUGGGGACAUGCACCCCCGGCCCCCACCUCCCAGAGACCCCGGCAGCCACUCCCAGGCCAGGUCCCCCGGCCGGCCUGCCCCCGGGGCCCUGGGGGAGCAGACGGAGCUGGGCAUCGCUACCUCAAAGCGGGAAGAGGGUCUCCAGGUGAAGACUGUCAAAGCUGAGAAGCCCAUGACAUCUCAGCCAAGCCCUGGUGGUCAGUCUUCAUGCAGCAGCCAGCAGUCCCCCGUCUGCAACUAUCCCCUCAGUGGGCUCGAGCUUCCUCUGACCGACGGAGGCGGUGUAGCUGACCUCAGUAACCUGGACGAACCCCCGAUCAUGGACGCCACCAUUACCACGGCCACCACUGCCCUGGCGUUGCAAGCCAGGAGAAACCCAGCAGGGACCAAAUGGAUGGAGCACGUAAAACUAGAAAGGCUGAAGCAAGUGAAUGGAAUGCUUCCACGACUGAACCCCGUCCCGCCGCCCAGAGGCCCUGCGGUCUCUCCUCUCACAGGAAAUGGCACACAGUCCAGUACCACCUGCACUUCGGGCGGGCCGGUGACUCUGCUCCCGGCCCGGAGCGACCUCUCCGGGGUGGACCUCACCAUGCUGAGCCUGGUCAGCAGGAGGGACAGCAGUGCCAGCACGGUCAGCUCGGCCUACCUGAGCAGCCGCCGCUCCUCGGGCAUCUCCCCCUGCUUCUCCAGCCGCCGCUCCAGCGAGGCGUCCCAGGCUGAGGCCCGGCCCCAGAACGUCAGCGUGGCCGACUCCUACGACCCCAUUUCCACCGAUGCCUCGCGGAGGUCCAGCGAGGCCAGCCAGGGCGACGGGCUGCCCAGCCUGCUCAGCCUCACCCCGGCGCAGCAGUACCGUCUCAAGGCCAAGUACGCGGCGGCCACGGGCGGCCCGCCGCCCACACCCCUGCCGCACAUGGAGCGGCUGAGCCUGAAGACCAGGCUGGCCCUGCUGGGGGACGGCCGGCGCACGCUGGUGCUGCAGAAUUACACGCGCCCCGAGGGCGGCCCGCCGCGCCACUUCCCCGCGUCCCCCUGCCCGCCCAGCAUCUCCGAGAACGUCGCCCUGGAGUCCCUGGCCGUGGGCGCCGACGGCGACCUGCACGAGGAGGAUUUCCUGCCCGACGACGUGGUGCAGUAUCUCAACGCCCAGAACCAAGCCGGCUGCGGCCAGCACUUCCCGGGCGCGGCCCCUGACGACAGCAAAGCGCCCCAGGGGCCUGGCGACUUCGACCUGCCCGGGCUGCCCGACAGCCACCCGAGCCAGCAGUUCCGGCCCCUGGAGCAGCACUGCAGCGGCGGCGGCGAAGGCCGCAAGUCAGACUUGCCGAUCCAGUGGAACGAGGUCAGCUCGGGGAGCUCCGACCUCUCCUCCUCCAAGCCCAAGGGCGGCCCAAGGCCAGCAGGGACGCAGGCCCGGGCCCUGGGCGCCUACGGCGGCAUGGUGCUCCAAGCGCAGGGCCCGUGGAGGGCCGGGGGCUGUCCAGGCCUCGGGGAAAGCGGCGGUGCCUACGCGGGCCCCGAGCCCCUGGCCAUCCACGGUGACCUGGGAGCCGGCCCGGGCGGCAGCGCCCUCCUCGACCAGCCGUACAAGGCCCCGCGCUACGGGAGCUGCCUGGCUGGGCAGCCAGCGUCCCCGGGAGCCCCGGACGGUGCACCCUGCAGUGCUCAGAUUCAAGGGUCCAAGCUGAAAGGCACCACCGCCAUGCCAGGAAAUGGGGUUCCUCUGGAUUUGGGCCUGAUAAUGGCAGCCAAUGAGACAGCCGUCGGCACAGAGAUUAACCUGCAGACCCCAGAUCCGAGGGGCCAAGGCUACCCCGCUCAUCCGCUCCUGGGCGACAGCCUGCAUCGCCAGGGAGCAGGCCGGCCCGGCCCGCAGAGGCCCACGCCGCCCGGUGCUACCUCAUACACCAGUGUCUACCCGGGACCCGGGAGCAGCCUGCAGGGGACUCUGAGCAUUGGCAGCCACCCCACAAGUUCCACGGCCAUCAGGGGCUACCCACAGCCGUGUGCCAGCUACGGGGGCAGCAGGCGUCAGGCUGUGCCCAGGGUUGGCGUUGCCCUGCAGCAGGGACAGCUGAGUGACACGAGUCAGAUCUGCAGGGUGAAUGGCAUCAAGAUGGAGACACACGGGCCACCCCAACCACUGUGUUCUAACACGCAGAAUUACUCUGGUCAGUUUUAUGACCAAACCUUGGGCUUCGGUCAGCAAGACACAAAAACUGAUUCAUUCUCCAUGGCAGAAGCCAACUGCCUGCUCCAGGGAGCCCACAUGGAAAACUCGGAGUUACUCUCACCAGGUGCUAACCAGGUGACCAGCACGGUUGAUGGCCUGGACAGCCACGACCUGGAAGGGGUGCAGAUUGAUUUCCAUGCCAUCAUUGAUGACGGGGACCAUGCCAGCCUGAUGUCAGGGGCCCUGAGCCCAAGUAUUAUGCAGAACCUUUCCCAUAGCUCCUCACGACUCACCACGCCACAAGCCCCCCUCCCCUUCCCAGCCCUGUCUCUGAGCACAACCAACAUGGCAAUCGGGGACAUGAAUUCCCUGCUCACCUCCCUGGCAGAAGAAACCAAAUUCCUUGCUGCAAUGCAAUAG